UGAAAGAAAGAGGCUGCCGUCGCCCUUUGGACAUACCGCACAAUAUUUACACUGAAGUGAAAAGGAAAGGCUGUAGGAAGAAGUCAAUAAUAAAGAUACAAAAAAAAAAAAAACAGUAGCGCCGCCUUUAAGAGGUGUGGGUGGACGCCAGAGGAAGUGGAGCGUCUGAGGGGAGCGGCGCACUCACCCAAACAGAGCCGGCAAACACAGGGAGGCACAAGGGCGGGCUUGGCGCCGAAAAGUACCACGCUGGGCUGCCCCGCGGAUCGGGGGUUAUCGCUAUACGAUCAUUGUCUUUCAGCAUGACCCAGCUGUUGUAAAGCUUCAGCUCAAGGAAGGAUGGCUUAAUAUUCCCCUGAAGAAUCUUAUAAUACACAUAAGAAUUUUUAGUUUCUUCAGUGAUGGAAGAUCUUAUUGGACCAAAGUUUGCUAAGCCAUGAUUCCACUUUAGCCAAGAAUGCUGGUCAUUACUCAGGCCUACAGUGCUGACGUCAUGGUGAAGAAUGUUUCGAAAAGGCAAAAAAAGACACAGCAGUAGCAGUUCACAAAGUAGUGAAGUGAGCACAAAAAGUAAGUCUGUUGAUUCCAGUUUUGGCGGUCUCUCCAGAUCAAGUACAGUUGCCAGCCUUGACACUGACUCCACUAAAAGCUCAGGUAACAGUGCAUCUGAUACAUGUGCUGAAUUCCGUGUGAGAUAUAUUGGAGCCAUUGAAAAGCUGCAAUUCGAAAUGUGCAGAAAGCUUUGUGAACCUCACGAUUUGAUCAACUACAUUGAUGUAGCACAGCAAGAUGGAAAGCUGCCAUUUAUUCCGGCAGAUGAAGAGAUGAUCUUGGGAGUAUCUAAAUAUGGAGUUAAAGUUGCCUCUGUAGAUCAAUGUGAUGUGAUACAUCGGCACCCUCUCUAUCUCAUAGUGCGCAUGCUGUCCUAUGAUGAUGGACUGGGAGCUGGGAAAAAUCUUUUGGCUUUGAAAACGACCGACUCCAAACAGGAAGAAUGCAGUAUCUGGAUUUACCAAUGCAACAGUUCAGAACAAGCACAGGCAAUUUGCAAGGUGUUGUCAGCUGCUUUUGACUCCGUGCUAACAUCUGAAAAGUCUUGAUCCCGCUGAAAAAAAAAAAUUCUCUGAAUAAGUAUGUGCAUUACUUGUCGGCAAUGUGUAAUGGCUGGACUGGAGAGAGACGGUGGCCAACUAAGAUCUAGCAACCUCAUUUGCACUGUGAUUAAACUACAUGCAUUUUUUUAUAAGAAUUUUCAAAGUAAACAUAACUUAUUUAAUGUAAAAUACCAAAUCUAAAGUUGUAUUUGCCGUCAUGAAUUCAGGUAGGGCCUAUGCAGUAUUAAUAGAAGGCAUGAAAAUAAUGUUACAUAUUUAUUAUUACUUUUUUGAAGGAGUGAGAUGGUAGCCAUUGUUAUUAGGCCAGUAGUCCAUGGCUUCACUGUGAUGAUCAUUCAGUUCAUAGGGAUGGGAAACGGGAUGAAAAUCUUUUUAUUUUACAUAUGAAUAUAGUGUUUAACUGCCCAAGUCAAGAUAUUAGAAGAUGUUUGCUGCUUAUUUUUCAAGGUACAAUAAAGAUUUUUCAGCUAAA